GGAGGCAAAGCUAACGUGGCCGCGAGAGCUGCGCCGGCUAGGCCACCGCCUCCUAUGCUAAUCUACGCAAACCGCUUCGAAAUUCGAUGGAUUAAACCGGACAAAGGCAAAAAACGUCGAAAAAUAUUACGUUGUCGCUGCAUUGGAAGAUUUCAAGACAAAAUUCGAAAUAGAUGCGAACAAGAAGAAGCUGUUCGAAGUAUUAAUAAGGAAGGUUAAGCAGCAAUAAGUGCUCUUAAGGGCUCAAGUGCCGCAGAAGAAGCCAAAGAAAGUAGGACUGCAAGAUCAACUGCUCAAUCAGCCACUAUUUGAGAAGAAACUACAAGUCAGAUCGGUCCGAAGGCAAUCAAAAGUUCCAAGCAGAAGAGGUGGAGCUCAUGGAAGAGGUUGGAAAGCACAAGUCUGAAGUUCAUGAAGCACUCGGCGAUUUGGUGGAUACAAGAUGUGUGAUCGAAAAUUUCAAAAAAAAAUCUGAUCAAAAUCUUUGAAGCAAUUCCACUCAGCAACCAGAAUAUUGGAUUCGUUUCCGAGGAUAAGUGCAAUGGUGAAGGAGCUUCAACAUCGUUCAACGAGGAAGCCGUUUUCAUGCCGUACCUGUUCAAUUCCGUAAAAAAAAAGUUCGUCUUAUUGCAAAGGAGCAAAACUUCGAUGGAAUUCUUGAGAAAUGCGACACGCUUCGUGAGAGGACCCUCGCUGAAUUGGGAGCCCGACUCGUGGAUCGAAAGUAUCAAAACGUUGUGAAACUCUUCGAUCGUGCCACGUUGCUCGGUAGCAUGAUCAAAAGGACGCCGAGAAGAAGUGAUAGGAUAAGGAGACGACUGCCAAGAAGAUCAAGCCAUGCUUGUUCUUUCUAAUAAUGUUCUUUAUAUUCCGUUCCUGUUCAGAUUUUUUAUUCCCCCUCCCCAUUCGGUUAAUGUUCUUCUCUCUCAUUUCCUUGUUCAGCAUAUCUACUUAGUAUCCCUCUCUGACGAGUUUUAUAUUGGUUUUCGAGACAAUGAAUGUUUUAAACGUUA